AACUCUUAUUAGCUUCAAAGAUUUGAGUUAAACAAAAGAAUGAAGAUGUAAAUAAAGACAAACUUAUGCGUUAAUGAUAGAGGUUUAGGCUUUGGGGGUUUACAGGCCCAUAUCUGAACCUCCCGCUCAAAUACUUCCACUCUUCUUACAAAAACCCUUUGCACUGAUUCUCUCCCCUCGCUCUCUCCCUCUCAUUCCCUCCGACCCCCCAAAGCCCUUGGUUUUUCAGUUCAGGCUUAGAGCAAAAGAAGGCGAUCGGAGCAAUACCCACUAAAAAAAUGAGAGAGGAGGAGAUAGAGAAGCUUCGUGGGGUUGUCAGGGAUUGCGUGAGCAAGCACCUCUACUCCUCUGCAAUUUUCUUCGCCGACAAGGUCGCCGCCUUCACCAACGACCCGGCUGACAUUUACAUGCAGGCCCAGGCCCUCUUCCUUGGUCGCCAUUACCGCCGAGCUUACCACCUCCUCAACGCCUCCCAGAUCGUUCUUCGUGACCUCCGCUUCAGAUACCUCGCUGCCAAAUGCCUUGAAGAACUGAAGGAAUGGGAUCAAUGUCUACUAAUGCUUGGUGAUGCGAAAGUGGAUGAACAUGGGAAUGUCAGUGAUACAAAGGACUCGAAUGUCAUGUACUUGGAUAAAGAUGGGGAAGAUCGUGAAAUCAAUGCAAGUCUUCCCUUUUCAUAUAUUUUCCCCUUUAAAACUUCGCUGUUACAGUAUAAUUUCUGCAAUAUGCUUCUUAAGAGGUACAAAGCUGCUAUCAAAGCCGACCCUUUAUGUUAUGAGGCAUUGGAAUGUCUUCUAGAAAAUCACAUGCUUUCAUGUGAGGAAGAGACAAGUCUACUUUCCUCAUUGCAAUUUGGUCCUGAAGAUGGAUGGCUUUCAUCAUUCUAUUCUUGUUUAAUAAAGAAGUAUGACAACGAAUAUGUUGUAGAAGCCAAAUUUAGAGAGCUUGAAAAGGAAAGUUGUAACAGUAACCCUUCAGAUCCAUCCUUCAUGCGUACUCUGAAAAGCAAUACAGAUCUUUUGGCCUGCAAAGCUGAGUACUACCACCAGUGUGGUGAACAUCAAAAAUGCUUUGAACUGACCUCGGUGUUACUUGAAAAGGAUCCUUUCCAUCUUAAAAGCACAUUGGUGCAUCUAGCAGCUGCAAUGGAACUUGGGCAUUCAAAUGAGCUUUACCUUAUGGCAUGCAAUCUAGUAAAGGACUAUCCUCAAAAGGCUUUGUCAUGGUUUGCUGUUGGUUGCUAUUACUAUUGUAUCAAGAAGUAUGAUCAAUCACGACGUUAUUUCAGCAAGGCCACCAAUCUUGAUGGAGCCUUUCCACCUGCUUGGAUAGGUUAUGGUAAUGCUUAUGCUGCUCAAGAAGAGGGUGAUCAAGCAAUGUCGGCUUAUCGCACUGCUGCUCGUUUGUUCCCAGGGUGCCAUUUACCAACAUUGUACAUUGGGAUGGAAUACAUGCGAACCCACAGUUUCAAGCUUGCUGAGCAGUUUUUUAUGCAGGCUAAGAUUAUUUGCCCAUCGGAUCCACUUGUAUAUAAUGAACUAGGAGUUGUUGCUUAUAAUAUGAAGGAGUAUAGCAAAUCUGUUUGGUGGUUUGAGAAAACUUUGACUCAUGUUCCUUCUCCUCUAAGUGAAAUAUGGGAACCAACUGUCGUGAAUCUCGCUCAUGCCUACAGAAAAUUGAAGAUGUACCAGGAAGCAAUUUCAUACUAUGAUAAAGCACUUGCAUUAUCAACCAAAAGUGUGAGCACUUAUGCAGGUCUUGCAUAUACCUAUCACUUACAGGAUAACUUUACUGCAGCAAUCACAUACUAUCACAAAGCUUUAUGGCUGAAACCAGAUGAUCAGUUCUGCACUGAAAUGUUGAGUUUGGCUCUUCUAGAUGAAUGCCGUUGCGGUGCAGAUCCCAAAGUUGAAUUCCGAAGCAAUGAUGUUUACCUUUAGUUGACGCUAGUUUUGGUUCUUUUUACUGAUGUUGUAUUGUAUCUAAUUAUUACCAUAGUAGCCCUACAGGUAAAACGGUGAUGCUACAUUUAUUGUAUCUUAUAUCUGGGUAGAAUUUAGGCAAAUAUUUAUUAUAAUCGUCCUCUAGGUUGGUCCAUGAUGCCUGUAAUUUUUGACAUUUCAUGGACCUUGAAAUUUGUUGAAUGAUCUUCGGCCAAAUGUUUUCAAUGAUAGGAAAACAAUUUUUAUUUA